AUGGCGGCGUCCUGCGGCUCCUCGCAGCUCCCCGCCGCCGAGCCGCCGCUGAAGAUCCCCAAGAUGGAGGUGCUGUCGCCGGGCUCGCCGGGCGCGCUGAGCGACGGCAACGCCAGCCUCUCCGACCCGUCCACCCCUAGCGGCGCCUCCCCCCUCGGCCCGGGGCCGGCGGCCGGCGGGGCCGGACUGGGGGGCGGCGGCGGCGGCGCGGGGGGCCGCGGCGGGGCCUCGCCCUCCGUCUCGUUCUCGCCGGGCGGUGCCGCCGCUGCCGCCGCCGCCGCCGCUUGCCGCGGCAUGUCCUGGACGCCGGCGGAGACCAACGCGCUCAUCGCCGUGUGGGGCAACGAGCGGCUGGUGGAGGCGCGCUACCAGCAGCUGGAGGGCGCCGGCACCGUGUUCGGCAGCAAGGCCCCCGGGCCCGCCAUGUACGAGCGCGUCUCCCGCGCGCUGGCCGAGCUGGGCUACGAGCGCACCCCCUCGCAGUGCCGGGAGCGCAUCAAGCAGCUUCACAAGAGACAGAGUGAGUUAGUAAGGAAUGCAAAAUAUACCCUUCGCAGGUGUUACAGCCGUGUGAAGGAGCAUGGUGUUGGGAAGAGGAAAAGCAGCUACACGUUUGAACAGCUGGAGCAGGUGUUUGGACAGGGAGGAUGGGAUUCCCAGCCCUGCCAGCCUGUCCUCAUUAACAGCAGUGGCUUGUAUCAAGAGCUGGAGUCGGAUGGCAGCACGAUGGAAGAGUAUUCGCAGGAGGACUGGGGAAACCACAGUCAGGAUCUUCAUUGCUACCAGACUGGUGAACAGGAAUUGGAUGAAAUGCCUACCACAAAAAGAACAUUAAAGAUAAAACAGGAAUCUUCAGAAGACACUCAGAAGCGUGACGUGAUGCAGAACAUAAUGCAAAUCCUGGAGUCUGUCCAGUUGAAGUGGGAGCUGUUUCAGAGCUGGACAGACUUCUCUAGGCUACAUCUCUCUAACAAACUGGCCAUUUUUGGCAUCGGUUACAACACGCGCUGGAAGGAGGACAUUCGCUACCACUACGCAGAGAUCAGCUCGCAGGUGCCCCUUGGCAAACGGCUCCGGGAGUAUUUCAACUCGGAGAAGCCAGAGGGCAGGGUUAUCAUGACCAGAGUACAGAAAAUGAACUGGAAAAAUGUUUACUACAAAUUCCUAGAGAUCACUAUUAGUGAAGCAAGGUGCCUGGAGCUGCACAUGGAGAUUGACUGGAUACCCAUUGCUCACUCCAAGCCAACAGGAGGAAAUAUCGUUCAGUAUUUAUUACCAGGAGGCAUCCCCAAAAGCCCGGGCUUGUAUGCCAUUGGGUAUGAAGAGUGUCAUGAGAAGCCCCACUCGCCUCUCACGGAGCACCGAGGCCCCGAUCCUGGCAAUGAGACUCAAGGGGAGCUGGAGGUGCCAUCACCGCAGGCCUCUCUCCGGGUGGGGGUGGAGAUGGAGUCUGCCCGAAUUAUCUACUGUUACCUUGGCAUUGCCGAGGUCAGGACUCUCCAGCAGUGCCUGUUUUUACAUUUUCAGGCAAACACCAAAACCUUCAGCAAAGAGUGGGUUGGGAUCAAUGCGUUUUUAUCUCAGAACUGCAUUGUAGAGCCCGGUGUCUCACCAAAAUCCAUCUACAUCAAAUUUGUGGAAGUGGAGAGGGAUUUUCUUUCUGCUGGCUCUUUGGUAGAGUGCCUGGAAAAAGCCAUUGGAUACCCCUUAAAAUUUAACAACUGAAUCUCGUCCUUCAUAAGGAUUAGGGCUUCUGCCUGUUUCCAUCUCACUACCGGACGUUUUCAGAUCCUGUCUGUUCACAGCCGGGCAAGUAAGACUUUCCACUUGAAAUGCGUUUCAGAGGGAAAGAUGCUUGCGGGCAGUUUCAAAGAGCUCGCCCCAGGCAUGCGGGACAGCCGUAGACCAGCCGGAUCUGCACCGAGCAGCGCUGCGAUGAGAGCCCUGUACAUGAAAUGACUGUAGGUACAUUCCACAUCGGACUGAGCGUACGCUUGGCGUUUCAUACGAAAAGUGGUUUUUCCACUGUCUCAUUUUUACACAUCCGUCUCUAAGUGUUAUUACAGAUCUGAAUAAAUAAGCAAUAGAUAAUGGCAAGUUAAACCUUGAAUCACAUUAAAUGAGACUGUUUUUCAAAGCCACCCUAGAUACUAUUGUAUAUAAUUUAGAAUUUCACAUUUUUUCACCCAUCAAGUGUUCUCCUAUCCAAACAGUGUUGCCUGCAAAGACUUUUGUUUCUGUGAUGUAUUCCACUUUACUAGUAGUGUUGCCAUAUCUGCUUUUAUUUUAUUUUAUUUUAUUUUAUUUUUAACAUUAAAAUAAUUCCUGGGCUUUUAU